UUGGAACGUGGAUCCUUAAGUGCACAAUUCUAUACAAUAGUCCGAAAUAGCACAAUGAAGAGAGCAAUUAUAACAUUAUUUGCAAUUUGUAUUGCACAUGUUUUUGCAAUCAAACAACACUCAGUAGACUACAGAUACCCUUUGGAUGCGCGCAUAAUUCAAGGCACUCUUAAUCAUACGAAUUUUGUUCAUGCCUUAUAUGAGGUGAAUGAAAAUAAAACAGAAAUUGAUUACUACCUCAUCAGUGAUUCUAACUCAUGCGGCUCUAGCAAAUUGGAAAUGGAUAAAAAUGUUACCUUUCACAAUGAUUUUCGUAUUAUACCAUUGAACCAAGAAAACAUUUUAUUAUUGAUUUUUGGGCACAGGCCUAUGUCAGGUUAUCAAGUGAAAAUUCAAAUAGUUAAUCUUUCUUCGUGUCAAAAAAGCAAAAUUGAAAUACCGACCAAGAGAGAAUUGACUGAUUUGAAAAUUACAAGAUACAGUGACAGCUUUGACAUUUAUUUCAAAGAUUCAUCCCUUUGUGACAACAAAUAUUGCAGGAGAAGUUACGAUUUCCAAGGAAAUUUACUCUCAAUACCGUUUGCUACGUUUCCUUCAGACGUUCUACUUGUUCAGCCCGUUGGAGCUGAUCUACGGUCGAGCAGUCAUGUAGCAGUUACAACGAUGAAGAAAAGAAAGAUUGUUAAUCUAGUUAAAGAUAACAUGUUGAAUGUUCUGACGGAAAUAGGUCCAGAAUCACAUUUACCCACAGGCAAUAGAGACUUAACUCCAGAUAUAUCAACAUCUCACAAUUUCAUAAGCAUUGCUUACAGAAUGAACUUUACAAGUUUGGUUGUUAUGCAGUUUAGUUUAGAAGGACAUUUACAAUUCCAAACUGCUAUAGAAUACGGUUAUUUCGUUCGUACAGCCAGAAUUCUCAAUGCACCCAAUCGUGGUGUUUACCUAGUUGCUAGUGAAUGUGAUCGUUAUCAUUGCAGCGACGAUGAGAAUAAAUAUUUAAUAAAAAAAAUCAACGCCAAUGGAAAGGAAGUUGGGUCGAUUAGCUUGAGCUUGCCACUUCCUGGUGUACUUGAAGAUUUAUCAUUCUAUGAAAAUGAUCAAUUUUAUUGUCUUACUAGAGCACAAUUGUCUCUGGGAGCAGUUGAUUUGUAUUACUUCAAAAAAGUAGAUAUCCAUACUAAAUGCUUUACCGAUGACGAUUUAAUAAAAUAAUUUAAUUCUUCAUUGAAUUUGACUUUAUGUUGCAAUAUUUGUUCUUUAAAUAUAUCUAUUGAAAAUUAUAAUAAUUAUUAAAUCUUGGCUUUAUUUCAUUUCAUCACACGAAUCAUCCACAUCAUUAUGCAAAUACAAUAAAAAAUCCUUUCCGAAAUUGGAAUAAGCAGGUCUGUAGCUACAUUUAAAUUAUAUCUACAGCGAAAUUCAUAUCAUAGAUUCUAUGUUCUCUAUCUAUUUAUUAUUGACUAUAAAUUUAUUAAGCAACUGUAUUUGUACUCGUAUUGAUUAUAGGUUUCGCGUUGGGAAUAUAUAAAUCAA